AUGUAUGCGCAUGGCGAUACAUCAAAUGUGACUAUUCCAGCCGUUUUCACCUCCCACACCACUGCACAUCUACUGUCCUCACUUAUACCCGCCGAUAAAGGCAAAGGGCCCAGCUCUCCAGGGAACAAAUCAAAAGCGCCCAAUCGUGGUAAACAGAAUCUAAAGGUAAGCGGUAAUGCUGGAAAAACUAAUAUUGUUACCCCCUCCUCGAAGUCUACAAAAUUCACGCAAUCCAAGCCUAAGGAUACACCAAAACCCGAUAGAGGAUUCUUUUCGUCUCUUUUCAACUUUUGGAACGACAAAUCGGUGCAUGAAGACAGUAGGCGACCGCCAAGCAGUGGGAACAUCGACUGGAUUUCACAAAGCCGAAAGCCGGAUUCUGAGACGCCAUAUAAGUCAGGACAGGACUCAAACCGUCAGGACAAAGAGAAAGGAACGGCGCCUGUACAGGCCAAACCGGAUCCCCAUCAGAAUCGUGAAGAUGACUUUCUUAUCGGAGUUCAGGACUGGCGUGAUCCCGACCUUAUCGUUAAACCCACACCAACGCCGGUCAGCAAGCCGCAACCAACUAGUCGGAGUGGUAAUUCAAACAGCAAGGACGGUUCGGGCUCCGAUACAAAAGGCUUUAAGGGUGGGAGCAUCACCCCUGGCAGUGGAGAGUAUGUCCAUCCAGACAAAUCUACCGAGGGCAAAGGUGGCCCGAAUGGCUCUGAUAAGCAGUCAUCACAUUUAAGAUCAGGGUCCGGAAAUAAUAGAAAGGAAGGACACUGGUGGACGCGCCUCUUUGGCUGGGGGGAACCGAGUGAUGACAAGAACACAGCAUUCGCAAACGGACACAAAGAUUUCCAAAACGGUCGAGGCUCACAUAACAACCAUGGUCAUCAUGGAGACAAGGAGCCAGAGAAACAUGAAGGCUUAUGGGUUACCUUAGCCCCGACUAGCAUGUCUACGAGUCCAUUCUUUGAUACUCUUUUGGUUUUGGUCGUCAGCCCCCUAAUAACGCUCACUGUGGUUUAUGCACUCCUCCUACUUCGCUCUAGGAUCCGCCGGCGACGAUGGAGAGCACCCAAGGCCAUUGUUGAUCAACUUCCCGUUCGAACCUACCAUACAAUCACCAGUAGCUCUAAUUCAAGCACACCGCCUCGUACAGCAGUGCCGGACUCUGCGUCUCCUUCAUCUCCUCUCCUUACACGAUCGGACCCUCGAGCUCAUUUCUCCACCAACGCAGGUGCUGCAGCGUCAAGUUCUUUGCCCAACAUGACAGACUUUUCAGCUGGUGCUGAGAAGUCCAGUGCCGGAUCGACACUGUGGCGACGGAAAUACACUGGCCGACAAGUGGAAUGUGUUGUGUGUCUUGAAGAGUAUGUUGACGGACAAAGCAAGGUAAUGAGCUUACCUUGUGGGCACGAGUUCCACGCUGAGUGCAUAACACCGUGGUUGACAACACGGCGACGCACGUGUCCAAUAUGUAAAGGCGAUGUUGUUCGAUCGUUCGGAAACCAAGGCUCUAACGACUAUGUUUCCAGCAGCCUGGACCCUUCACCCAGUUUUGAUCAAGCAAGGGCUGUUGAAGAUCACAGUGGAUUCCCUUCAUCCGCCAUCCCUAUCCCCGAGCAUGAAAACGCCGACUCUGAGUUGGAACGAGGGGCCUUGCUUGGAGACGCCCUCAACGCUUCUCACCGGUCCACCUGGAGAGGGCUUACAUCCUUGAGCCUAUCUGCCUUAAGCGGCGAUUCAAUGUGGCACCAAGUUCGACACACCCGAACUCAACGGAACCGCUGA